UCUUCAAGAAGAAGUCCUUCUUCCCGCAGGAUCUCCAAAGCGUCUGGAGCUUUUCUUCUAGAGUUUGCUGGAUUUGGUCAUGUUUGGCGCUGGGCAUUUGGUGUCUCCUCUGUCUCCUGCAGUCUUCCACUCUCCGGCUGCUCAUUUCUUCCCUGCGUUCCCCAGCAGGUUGAGUUCUCCGCAGAUCUUCAUACCCGGGCCUCUGCUCAGCUAUGAGCUCCUGCGCAGUUACCUGCAGCCUGAACCCUGCAAACAGAGCCUGCUGCUGGCCGCUCAUCCAUCUACAGGACGCCCUGCUGACAACAUCGAUGAACCGCGGCCAGUGAAGCAGCGGCGGGCGCGCGCGAACUACAGCAGCUGGCAGCUGGAGGAGCUGGAGAAGACCUUCCAGAGCACACACUACCCGGACAUCUUCAUGAGGGAAGCCCUGGCGCUUAGACUCGACUUGAUAGAGGCCCGAGUGCAGGUGUGGUUUCAGAACCGUCGGGCUAAAAUGCGUCGUCAGCUGAAGCUCCAGAUCCAAACGGGGGAGCAAUGCAGCCAACGGGACACUGACACCAAACACCACGAAUCCUCCAUCAGCAACCCAGAGCUCCACAACAACAGCAGCAGCCCAUGCUGGGACAGAAACCAAGACAGAACAAAUCCCGCUCACCCCAAACCCUCACCCUCAGCCAUCAAAAGCCCUGUCACAGACCUGCUCCAGCGGCCUGGAGACCAACAGGACUCUGAGAGUCCUGGUCCAGAAGAUCUGCGCUUCUGCAGUAUUGCCAAACUGAGAGCGAAGGCCAGAGACUAUGAGGCUGAGAUUCACAGCACUGUGGCCAGAGAGAGGAAGAUGAAGAGAGUCUCGGACAGAGACUGAGCUGACAUCUGUACAGGAUACACAUCUGCUAAACUCAUUAUUUAUUACACAUAUACAGUAAGCUUGAGAAAAGCAAAACACACAAAACAAAACAGUGCUGGGUACUUGCUGAUGUAAUCUAGAUUA